AUGUCGCUCCCCGGCUCCCCUCCGCUGCUCUCCCCGGGGUCGGGCGCCCCGACUCCGGUCGGGCUCUUCCACCACACCUCGGUGGGGACCUCCAGCCCGGCUCAUGUCAACUCCAACUCCCACUCGCUGUCCCUCACCAGCAGCAUGCUGAGCGCCUUCCUGCCCGGCUCGGGGGGCUCCGGGGCCGCCGGCUCCGGGUUUCCCGGAGCCGGCGGCCCCGGAGCCCCCGGAGCCGGCGGAGCUCCCGGAUCCGGGCAGGGAGCGCCCGGCGCCGGAUCGGGGCUCUGCAGCGAGUGCCGGCUGGUGGAGGUGCACGGCGUGAAGGUGGCCAGCUUCGGCAGCAUGACGGACGGGCAGCAGGAGGAGCUGAUCUGCCUGCCGCAGGUGUUCGACCUCUUCCUCAAGCACCUGGUCGGAGGGCUGCACACCGUGUACACCAAGCUGAAGCGGCUGGACAUCACCCCGGUGGUGUGCACCGUGGAGCAGGUACGCGUCCUGCGGGGGCUCGGGGCCAUCCAGCCCGGCGUCAACCGCUGCAAGCUCAUCUCCAGGAAGGACUUCGAGGUGCUGUACCGGGACUGCACCAGCGCCAGGGGCCUCGGUGGGAACUCUCUCUCCCUCGGCCCCGGUUAUUUCUGCGUAGCCGGAGAUGAGAGAUGGAUGACUUCUGCUGCCCGGCGGGCUAAUAACUAA